AUGCUUCUCUCCUUCCUCCUGACGGCCGGGCUCGCCCGCGCCUACACCGUCACCAAUGUCGAACUAUUCAUGUUCAAGAAUAUUGACCCGAUCGUUUUCCCUGGGCAGUAUGUCAGCCAUAUGCAUAGCUUCUUUGGGUCUGAUGCCGUGAACAUCAAUACUUCCACUUCUGCCGAGCUGCGCGAGGGAUGCUCGACCGCGCGUAAUCCGAAUGAUUUCUCUGUAUACUGGGUCCCCACCCUCUUCCACGUCAACGCCUCCGCCCCGCCAAACAAAACUCACACCCCGAUAACCCCGUACCGCUUCAGCGCCUACUACGAGCUCCUCAACGAAGCCGAAAUCCCCUUCCCGGAGAACUUCCAGGUCGUCGCGGGCAACGCCUCCGCAACCUCCUCAUCAGACCUGAACCCCGACAACGGGAUAACCUGGUUCUGCGAAGGGGACGACGCCGAAGAAAACAAAGAGAAAGCAGCCUUUCCAACGAAAACAUGCUCCACACACCUGCAAACCCUCCUCCUCUUCCCAGACUGCGCGAACCCGGAGACGUUCGAAACGGCGUACUCGAAGAACCCAAGGUCGUUCCCGGGUUAUAACGAGAAUCGCUGCCCUGAUGGUAUGUAUCGGAUCCCGAGACUGCGGUUCUCGAUUCGGUAUGAUCUCAGGGACAUCCUGCCGGAUGGAUGGGAGGGUGCGCCGCCGCCGCUGGAACUCGCGUGUGGAAACGAGUUUUGUAGUCAUGGGGACUUUAUUAAUGGGUGGCUGCCGGAGGCUGCGGAGUAUAUGCUGGAGGAUCCCACCAAGGCGGAGUAUUUCCAGAUCAAGGGGCCGCUUGGGGACGGGGACCAGGGGACUGCUUGUACGAGGGCUGCGGGGGAUAGUGAUCCGGAGCAUGGGACGAGCGAUUAUGCGGAGAGUUUGCGUAUGAUGGCAGGCAGGAGUACGAGUACGAGUAAUGCGACGUCGGCGGCCAAGUUUAAAAGGGGUCAUCAACAUGGGCAUGCACACCGGAGAUAUUAGAUGCUUGAUGGAUAAUUACCACGAUCGAUUCUCCGAGCCCCUCGCUCGGGUGAC